GCUCUUGAAAAACCAACCACGAGUCGUCGUCGUCGUGUGGGAGAAUCCAUCUUAUAAGAGCCCUUAGACUUUGUGAUUAGCAAGCGAAUCAGUGUGGUUUGCUUUAAAUUUUUGUCAUUUUCCACCGAACUGACAAGUGUAUUUUCACAACAUGGCUGAAAUUGAGCAGCAAUACAUGGAGACAUCCGAAAACGGCCACGAAGUCGAUGACUUUAAUGGAGCUGGCCAGGCCGGAGAGAACGCCUGCGGGGCAGGAGAUGAGCCCGAUGUCGACGACAAUUCCCAGAACGGCGGAACGGAAGGUGGUCAAAUAGACGCAAGUAAAGGCGAAGAAGAUGCAGGGAAAAUGUUUGUUGGUGGCCUGAGUUGGGACACAACCAAAAAAGAUCUCAAAGAUUACUUCUCCAAGUUUGGUGAAGUGUCAGACUGUACCAUCAAAAUUGACCAACAGACGGGCCGGUCACGAGGAUUUGGUUUCAUUCUUUUCAAAGAUUCAGCCAGCGUAGACAAGGUUCUCGAACAGAAGGAACACAGGCUAGACGGGCGACAGAUUGAUCCCAAGAAGGCUAUGGCCAUGAAAAAAGACCCAGUCAAGAAAAUAUUUGUUGGGGGGCUCAACCCGGACACUGCGAAGGAGGUCAUUGAGGACUACUUUAAAGCAUAUGGAGAGAUUGAGACAAUUGAGCUUCCCCAAGAUCCAAAGAGUGAGAAGAGGAGGGGUUUUGUCUUCAUCACCUAUCAAGAUGAGGCUCAUGUCAAAAAAGUAAUGGAGAAAAAGUACCACACUGUUGGUGGGAGCAAGUGUGAAAUUAAAAUCGCCCAACCCAAAGAGGUUUAUCAGCAGCAGCAGUAUGGUGCUCGUGGAUAUGGCGGUGCGCGUGGCAGGGGCCGUGGAGGCCAGGGCCAGAACUGGAAUCAAGGUGGUUACAGCAACUACUGGAACCAAGGUGGUUACAACCAGAACUAUGGAGGCUACGGGCAGCAAAACUAUGGAGGCUAUGGCGGAUAUGGCGGCUAUGACUACUCUGCUGGUUAUUACGGCUAUGGGGGUGGCUACGAUUACAACCAGGGCAAUACAAGCUAUGGGAAAACUCCAAGACGUGGCCACCCGAGUAGCUACAAGCCAUACUGAUCACACGUAGUGCAGGUCUAACGUAAAUAAGAAAAGAGAUCCAUGGUCUGACCACAGCGAACAUGGGCUCUGGCUUUUCCUUUGGAGUUGGCAGAAAUUUGGACUCAUGCUCCAUUUGUACAGAUCAAGUGAGGAAUUGGGGAAGCAAAUGUCACUUUUCCACUUUUUAUUUUAUAUUGUUUUGUGUCCAUUUACAUUUCCAGUAAUGGAAGUGUUAUUUUUACUGUACUUUUUGGUACCUUUUUGAAUCUAAUGUUAUUGUAUGGUUGUAUUUUUACAUGUCUACUGGAUUUACAAACAGGAGCAAGAGCUUUUAAAGCUCGCAAAUAAAACAAUUUAGCUUUUUUUUUUUUCCCAGUGUUCCUAGAUCUUUAGUUAUGUACUCACGUGCUGACUGUUGGAAUGCAAGUUGCAUGGCUUUAGAUGUGGGGGUGAGACAAAUUUAAGGGAUUGAAACCAAUCAAUGGAUUCAUUUGUAAGCGUGUUAAAUGAUUUUUGCAGAUGGCCUAGUAGAUAGACAACCGGCAUAUGUUGUUUUUUUGUUUUGUUUGGGUUUUUUUUUGUUUAUUUUGUUUGCUUUUAUGUCGAUUCUUCCCCGAUCGUGUCUGCAAUUUUAAGUGGCUUUACUAGUGUAAUACAACUCAACGCAAGCCUGUUAAAUGUAAGAGGGCACCCCCUCUCCCUCACUGGAUACUCAUUCCUCUAGUGUCUUGGGCAAAUUGGUAGAAAUAAACUUUUGGUUUAUAUUACAAAUGGAUCUAUUUGUUAUU